AUGUCUACACCACUUUUAGAUCCGGCAGGUAAUCCGAUAUCCCAAGAGGAUCUCCUUGGGUACGGCAGGUCCGGUGUUGUAGUCCUCCAGGAUGGCAUGGCUGUGAAGAUGCCCCUAAGGUAUUUGGAUAGCACAGACGAUGACGUGGCUAUAAACACUACGGUCAUUCAACGAGAGCAGGAGGCCUAUCAGCGUCUGAAAGAAUGCGACGGGGCCGUCCCAUAUAUCAGCUUCUCGCAAACGACCACCCAACUCGCCUUGAUGAAGAAUGGGGAUCUACGUUCAUAUCUAUCACGAAACCAGCCAUCAAAGGCUCUGCAACUCUCAUGGUUCCGGCAGAUGGCCCAUGCACUCUGCGAUAUUCAUGGCCGCUCAGUUAUUGUUGCAGAUAUCGCUUGUCGGAACCUUCUCCUUGAUUCCACUCUGGCAAUCAAAUUCUGCGACUUUACCGAAUCAACAAUAAUGCCUCCAGAUACCGACAUGGAAACUGCUGAUGACAACGGAUAUUCAAUUCAAACGGACAUCGGACAAUUGGGGAAGGUGAUCUAUGAAGUCGUGUCAGGGGAGCACUGCGAAUUCGAUCUUCACGAGAAUGACGUUUCUCGAGCGACGUUGCCGCGCAGAGAGACCCUCCCGAGUACAGAGGAGAUCUGGCUUGGGCCAAUUAUUGAGAAAUGCUGGACCUGGAAUGGCUAUAAGAAUGCCGCUCACCUCGCCGAAGCGUUGGACGCCGUGUCUUAGAAUACGAGGUCUGCCCCGACGGCAUCUUAGCUGGAACGCUCCGGCUGUUGUCUUACUUGUGCUUUGGGUCUGGAGACGGCGAUGAGGACCGUAUUAUUGAGACUUUUCUUUCCAGCACGGACGCAUAGACAUCUAUAUCCAUGUCGGCCUCUGCCAAUACGCAACGUUGAUACUUGGUUGUGCUUCAUGCCGAUGGACGACCAAAACGAACAGACUGCAAAGAAAGGACAUCCCGACAGUUGGGCGGCCUGUUUUCCCGCAUUGCCGAAGAUGUCCA